AGCUCAGGGGCUCUUUUUUUUUUUUUAGAGAGGGAUCGAAUAGAGAUCCUAAUUAUCUGUGAAUUAUGAGCUCCGGUUUUAUAAACCGAAGAAAGCCCCGCAAAGUGGGCGGGGAUGACGAGAAUAAUGAAGGGGAAGAAGACCUAGGCCCAGUUGUUAAACGACCUACUGGAUCGAAAAUGAAGCAGAAGUCUAAAAUGCGUAUCUCUUUCGGUGCGGGAGAGACUUCAAUGACGGAUCAAGGCGAAAACGAGAGCGAGGUAGUAAUACCAAAGAAACACGGGCUAGGGAGACGCGUUCUGGAGAAGAAUACAUUCCAACGAUCAGUUACUCCAUCAGGAUUAAGCAACCAGCUUCCAGUCAGGGUUGGCCCUGAACAGGAUCGACCAAGUUAUAGCCAGGAUUAUCUCAAAGAGCUCCGAGAUUCGACCCCCUCCACCCCGAAGCCUGCAAGUGAAGAUGAGAAGAAGAAUGAGAUUGAUGUUGCUGCAAAAUUUGGCGAAGUUAUGAAGGUUUCGACACCAUCUGCGAUUCCCACCGAAGCUGAAAUUAGAGAGAAGAAAGCUCGACGAGCAAGGCUAGCAAAGGAACAGAAUUAUAGUAUUACGGAGAAGGAUUAUAUUUCUCUGGAGGACAAUGCAGAUGAUGAGGAAUGGGACCUCAGGGAGAAAGAAAACCUCAAGGACACAAGGCUAGUGCGUGAUGAUGAAGACUUCGCUGAAGGGUUUGACGAAUAUGUCGAGGAUGGACGCAUAUCUCUAGGGAAAAAGGCUGAACGCGAGCAGAAGAAGAAGAAACGCGAGGAGAUGCGAGAACUGAUUGAUGAUGCCGAAGCGCUUUCAGAUGAGGAUGACUCGGACCUGGAGGAAAAGGCAGCCUAUGAAGCAACCCAGGCCAGAGCUGCGAUGGGAAAAGGUGGAAAAGAUGUCAUAGAUCGACCAAAGACACCGCCAAAGAUAACGUCUCUCCCACGUCUUUCAACGUGUCUCGAACGGCUGCGCACAACCCUGAUUGUCAUGGAGAAGUCGAAGCUACAGAUGAUUAAUCGAAUGGAAGAGUUGAGGAAAGAGAAGGCUGAUAUAGCUGUUCGAGAGGUCGAAAUUCAGGCCUUGAUCAAAGAAACCGGAGAUAAUUAUGAAAAGCUCAAGCAGGAGGCAGGCAUCACUCCAGGCUCCGAGGUUGAUACCCCAGGAACUACUGAUAUAGAAAGUUCACGAGGGUUAGAAAAUUUCGGGACAUCUCUGGCAGGCUUGCCUUUGAUCGAGACUCCCAUUGACGAGAAAAGCGGAGGCUCUCCGCACCUCUAUCGUCACUCAGAUGCAACUCCAAUUGAAUUGUUUUUCGAUCUUUUCUUCGUCGCAAACCUCUCUACUUUUACCGCUACGCAUGAAAUCAAUAAUGUAGAAGCCUUGGGGGCCUACAUUGGAUUUCUUGGAGUGAUUUGGUUUACCUGGCUCCAGGUGACAAUGUUCGAUAUCCGAUUUGCACGAGAUUCCAUCUUUGAGCGGAUCUGUAAGGCCAUACAAUUAGCUGCAAUGGUAGGAUUUGCUUCUGCAGGUACAAGGUUCACCACACAUGUCCGGGAAGACAAUGUGUGGGCUUUUCAAUCGUUGAGCCUUUUCCUUGGUGGGAGCCGAAUUCUCCUUGCUGUCCAGUAUUCUGUCGGUAUAUAUUUCCUACGGAAUGAGAUGAGAAAGGCAGCCAAAUCAUUAUGCAUCAUAGUCGCCACUUUAUUCGUUUCGAGUUUGGUACAUAUUGGGAUGUUUUUUGCCUUUGGGAAACAAAAUGGAGCACGUUCCAAUGUGUGGACUGUUUGGUUUGUAUUGUUCGGGUUCGAGAUGUGGAUAGUGAUGGGACUAUCCUGCAUCACCCCGGAUAUUGGCUUUCAGGACACCCAUUUGAAUGUCAGGAUGGGCCUACUUACGUUGAUCAUCAUUGGAGAAGGCGUUAUAUCUGUCACCAGGAUUGUCAAUAAAACGGUGCGCCCUGGUGGCUGGACCAAAUGGUCGUUUGUGCAUAUUUUAGGGGUUACCACCAAUGUGUAUUUCAUAUGGCAAGAGUAUUUCGAUCUCACGCCUAGAAGAGCUUUUGGUAAAUACGCACAGCAAAUAUGGGCACAGCUGCACUUCCCGUUCCAUGUGGCUCUUGUCCUCCUCCUUGAAGGGUCGCAGAUUCUGGCCUUGACCCUAGAUAUCACCUUAAAACUCCAAUACCUAGUGGAAACUAUCUUGUUUGCAUGCGAAGAGCCACGACCCAAACCGGAAACGGCCAUAAAAUUACUUCGGCAAACCAUUGAAGAUAUGGAAAUUGACUACGGCCGCGGUGCAAUCCGGGAGCAAAAAGCAAUAGAAGAAAUCUUACACGACCUUUCGAACCGUCCACUGUGUCCUCUCAACGGAACAAUAGGGUUUUCUAUCACGAAGAAUCUAUUCAAUGACCUAGUAGGGAACGUAACCGCUGCUUUAUUUUCCAGUAUGCGGAUCGUGCCUCAACAUAGCACGGACACUAGCCAAAUGGACUCCUCUCAGUUAUUGAGGAUGUACGUUGAGCUCCUGGGCUUUGUUUACGUCUACUUUUUUAUAGUGGCAUCGUUCGCGAUGUUUCUUUUUGCCGCCUUCGUGUUCCUUGCUCAGCGCCAUGAUAGGAAAAUCGCCACGGGCAUUGCGAUUACGGUUCGCAUUACAUUAGGUAUCUUUCUUGCCAGCUUGGUUUCCUUUUCCCGGCACUUUGCGCUUGCAUAUUCCUUCAUGAAGUCGCCCACCAUCUUGUACGCAUUUACUUUCGUACUAUUGACAGUACUCUUGGUUGACCGACUUUUGGAUUAUUACGCUGGCCAAAAGAGCAGCGAGAAUCCGACGGACGCAGGAAAGCGCUCUCGACCUGAUGCUUCUUGAUGCCAGAGCAUCCCCUUUCGACGGGUAGUUAGGUGGAGCAGAAAGUUUUAGCCCGGUAUUUGGUAACUUUUGUACAGUCUCAUCGCAUUCCCGAAUAUCUGCGCUUUUCUCCGACUGGCGUCGAGCUCUGUUUUUCAAGUCUAUUGAUCCUUCUCGAUAGAUCAAAUCCUUUCUUAACCAAUAACCUUGAGUAAUCGAUAGAAAUCCAUGGGGAAACCCCAGCGAACGCUCACGCUUAAGAGAGAUAGGUCUAAAUUUGCGAUGGAACUAAAGUCGGGAAUGCAAACCUGCGCCCUCAACGACGGUCUUGCGCAGGAAGUGAUCAUCCCAGCGGAGCACAACAAUACCGCCUAAGCGAGGUUGACAUGACCCUACUUGUAGAGAGACCUACAUAUGCAGUGAUAUAAAUAGACCACGGAACAGGUGUUUCCAAUCGUUUGGAUCCGGAGGGACGAACGUACAUUUCCCCAUUUUCCCCAUUGGCCAGUGCUGUAC